UCUAUUUUAGAACGGAGGGAGUACAAGGCAGGAUCUGGAUUUUGCUACACCAAAGCUGUACUCUUCAAUGGUUACAGCUCCACAAAUUUUCCUGGCGACAACUAUGUCAAACUGCCAAAGAAUAUGAGCAUCUCCAGACAGUCUCAUAUCACAUGCAAUCCGGAUAUUCGAGUGGUUGUACAAGGAUCUGCAAGUAUGUAUGGAAUGAAUGAUGUCAACAAGAGUUAUACAAUUUAUUAUGUGUUCGCAGCAAUACUGGGAGCCCUAGUCUUGCUCUUUAUCGGUACAAGCUGGUCAUUUCUUUACAGCAAGCAAAAUAUACCUAAGUCAAUGGAAGAAGGUUAUAGGACUGUGAUGAGCCAGUUCAGGAUGUUCAUCUACAGGGAAUUACGGGAAGCAACUGGAAAGUUCAAGGAAGAGAUUGGAAGAGGGGGUUCGGGAAUUGUUUAUAGAGGGGUACUUGAAGAUAAGAGAGUGGUGGCAGUGAAGAAACUAACUAGCGUUUCACAUAGUGAGGAGGAAUUCUGGGCAGAAAUGAAUAUAAUUGGAAGGAUCAACCAUAUGAAUUUAGUAAGGAUGUGGGGGUUUUGCUCUGAGGGUCAACACAAACUGCUGGUGUACGAGUAUGUGGAGAAUGAAUCACUUGACAAGUUUAUAUUUGGUAAUGUUAGUGCUGAGAGAUUACUUGCAUGGAGCCAACGAUUCAAAAUAGCACUAGGAACAGCAAGAGGCUUGGCAUACCUCCAUCAUGAGUGCCUUGAGUGGGUAAUCCAUUGUGAUAUAAAGCCAGAGAACAUACUCCUGACCCGAGACUUCGAAGCAAAGAUAGCAGACUUCGGACUAGCCAAACUCUCAAAGAGAGACAGUUCCAGUUUCAAUCUCACCCACAUGAGAGGAACAAUGGGCUACAUGGCGCCAGAGUGGGCACUGAAUUUGCCGAUCGACGCAAAGGUUGAUGUAUACAGUUAUGGCGUUGUACUUCUCGAGAUUGUGACUGGAAAUAGGAUCUCAAGUGGGAUUACAGUGGAUGGGAAAGAGGUGGAGUUUAGACAGUUUGUGCAUGCAGUUAAAGAAUUGCUGGAGAGUGGAGAUGUCAAGGUUAUAGCCGAUGCUAGACUGAAUGGCCAUUUCAAUCCUGAGCAAGUGGCGGUAAUGGUGAAAUUGGCUUGUCUCGAAGAAAGAAACAGCAGACCUACAAUGAAUGAAAUUGUAAAAGCUCUACUGGCAUGUGAUGAUGAAGACAAUCACCCAGCCUACUCAUGGUGACCGGCAAUAAACAACAGUGUAUCAAUUGCAAUAAGAAGAAUUGGUCUAGUAUAUUGCUUGAUAUUUGAAAGUAGAGGAAAAUGUUGCUAGAGAAAAUGUCAGGUUGUGUGUUGCAUAAAUCUUUCUGUAGAUGGAACACUAACUGCACUGUAUUGAAUGUUGUCUAUAUGAAUUCUUGCAUGAAACAUAGUGGGCUUAUUUGUAUAGUUUUUCCUCACAGAAAAAAAAAGAAAAGAAAAGAAGAUUUUAGUCUGCAUAACUGUUUGAUCUUCUAGAGCAUGUAACAACUUCCAAAGAUUCCCGCUGUUUCUUCAAAAAUCCGUUCUUCCAUUCGAGAUCCCUUCAGUGCAACCAGAGACCGCGUGACUCUUGUUAGCAAGUAGCCAGUUAACACCUGACAACAUUCACUCACUGAAAUCUUGUACAAA